ACGUGAAGAAGAAGUGAUGAAUUAAAGAUGGAGGAUGAAUAAAUGAUGCUCCCAGACAUGUUUUUGUGCAAACACGUGACCUUCCGCCGGCACGCUCGCGCUCCUCAGGACGUCAUUCACUACCAGACAAUCAGACAGCACGAGGACGCACACGGAAGAUGCGCGAGACCAAGACGAACCAACCUCGAAUCUGAUUGGUCGUCUCAGUGUCCGGGCAGACAUCAUGCAUGAGCAGCUGGUGACCGGGACAGCUUCUCCGAUGAACAAUGAGAGUGUGGUGGCGUGCGAGCAUCCGUACGAUGACGGCCGUCUGCCGCUGGUGCUGCUGUACAGUGUCGUGUUGUUUGUCGGACUUCCUGCGAACCUGCUGACGGUCUAUCUCACCUGGCUGCAGGUACGCAGGAAGAACGUGCUGGGCGUUUACCUGUGGAGCCUGUCUCUGUGUGACCUCACCUACUUGUUGACGCUGCCCCUGUGGGCGGACUACGUGAGCAGAGGUCACCUGUGGCCGUGGAGUUCAGCCGCCUGUAAGCUGACGGGUUACAUCUUCUUCAACAACAUGUACAUCAGCAUCUUCCUGCUCUGCUGCAUCUCCUGCGACCGCUACGUGGCCGUGGUCUACAGCGUGGAGGCCCGUGGUCUGCGGCGCCAGCGCAUCGCCGGCCUCAUCGCCCUUGCCAUCGUCCUGGUGGUCGCCGUCGGUCACGUCCCUGUCUUCACUAUGAGAGAGGGCGACGCCGGUGAGGGCAACCGGCGCUGCUUCGAGCCAAUUCAGAGCAGAGUGGUGACGGGCUUCAACUAUGGUCGCUUCAUGGUCGGCUUCCUGAUCCCGCUGCUGCUGCUGGUGGUGACGAAUCACGGCAUCAUGGUCAACGUGCAGCGCAGCACGGGGCUGCGGCGGGAGCAGAAAGAACGUGUCUGCUGGCUUGCGGUGGCAGUGGUGGCCCUGUUCCUCGUCUGCUUCGCCCCGUACCACCUGAUCCUCCUGGCCCGGGCCAUCAUGUUCCACUUCUACUCGCCGGAGGAUGGCGCCUGUCAGAUCGAGAAGAUCAUGUACACGCCCUACACCAUCUCCCUCGGCCUGUCUACCGUCAACAGCGCCAUCAACCCCAUCCUCUACGUCCUGUCCAGCGACAACAUCCGCAAAGAGCUUAGCCGAGGCCUCGCCCAGGUCUGCGACCGAGCACACCUGAGACCGCGAUCCGACAGCAGCCAGAACAAGAUCCAGCCCAUCAAGAACUCCUCAGAGCUGAACGAAGCGACCGAGAGGCAACAAGGAGGAACACCACCAGGUACCUGACGGGUCCCUGCUGAUCUCUGCAAGAGUUAAACCCUCUCUGCUGGAUGUUGCUGGACUCUUUGGGCCUUUCAUG